GGGGCGGGCCGCGGUGGGUUUGACUAGGCGGGCGCCGGAUCGCCGGCGGCGGCCGGAAGUAGCCGAAGCCAGGAGCGGAAGUAGCCGAAGCGGCCGGAGCGGGCGGGCGGCGAGGCGAGGCCGGAGCUGCACGGGGCCCUGAGCGGCCGUCUCAGCAUGUCGGACUUUGAUGAGUUCGAGCGGCAGCUCAACGAGAACAAACAAGAGCGGGACAAGGAGAACCGGCACCGGAAACGCAGUCACAGCCGCUCUCGGAGCCGGGACCGCAAGCGCCGGAGCCGGAGCCGGGACCGGCGCAACCGGGACCAGCGCAGUGCCUCCCGGGACAGGCGGCGCAGAAGCAAACCUUUGACCAGAGGCGCUAAAGAGGAGCACGGUGGAUUGAUUCGUUCCCCCCGCCAUGAGAAGAAGAAGAAGGUCCGUAAAUACUGGGACGUGCCUCCUCCUGGCUUUGAGCACAUCACCCCAAUGCAGUACAAGGCCAUGCAAGCUGCGGGUCAGAUUCCAGCCACAGCCCUUCUCCCCACCAUGACCCCUGAUGGCCUGGCUGUGACCCCGACACCGGUUCCCGUGGUUGGGAGCCAGAUGACCAGACAAGCCCGGCGCCUCUAUGUGGGCAACAUCCCCUUUGGCAUCACUGAGGAGGCCAUGAUGGAUUUCUUCAACGCCCAGAUGCGCCUGGGGGGGCUGACCCAGGCCCCUGGCAACCCGGUCUUGGCCGUGCAGAUUAAUCAAGACAAGAAUUUUGCAUUUUUGGAGUUCCGCUCAGUGGAUGAGACUACCCAGGCCAUGGCCUUUGAUGGCAUCAUCUUCCAGGGCCAGUCCCUGAAGAUCCGGAGGCCUCACGACUACCAGCCAUUGCCUGGCAUGUCGGAGAACCCCUCUGUCUAUGUGCCUGGAGUUGUGUCUACUGUGGUCCCUGACUCUGCGCACAAGCUGUUCAUCGGGGGCUUGCCCAAUUAUCUGAAUGAUGACCAGGUAAAAGAGCUGCUGACAUCGUUUGGGCCUCUCAAGGCCUUCAAUCUGGUCAAGGACAGCGCCACAGGGCUCUCCAAGGGCUACGCCUUUUGUGAGUACGUGGACAUCAACGUCACGGAUCAGGCCAUUGCGGGGCUAAACGGGAUGCAGCUGGGUGACAAGAAACUGCUUGUCCAGAGGGCAAGUGUGGGCGCCAAGAAUGCUACGCUGGUGAGCCCCCCGAGCACCAUCAAUCAGACCCCUGUGACCCUGCAAGUGCCGGGCCUCAUGAGCUCCCAGGUACAGAUGGGGGGCCACCCGACGGAGGUGCUGUGCCUCAUGAACAUGGUGCUGCCUGAGGAGCUGCUGGAUGAUGAGGAGUACGAGGAGAUCGUGGAGGAUGUGCGAGAUGAAUGCAGCAAGUACGGGCUUGUCAAGUCCAUCGAGAUCCCCCGGCCCGUGGAUGGCGUCGAGGUGCCUGGCUGUGGAAAGAUCUUUGUGGAGUUCACCUCUGUGUUUGACUGCCAGAAAGCCAUGCAGGGCCUGACAGGCCGCAAGUUCGCCAACAGAGUGGUUGUCACCAAAUACUGUGACCCCGACUCUUACCACCGCCGGGACUUCUGGUAGAGGCGGCCGGGGGAGGGUGGGGACAGGGCUGGCUGGGGACAUCCCUGGCCUGUCCUUCCCUUUUCCCCUCUGAAGACGAUGGGCAGAGGAGUGACAGCCGAAUGACAGCCGGCAGCAACUGGAAUGGCAGCAAUUAAGGGGGGUGGGGGGUGGGGGUCAGGGCAGGGAGGGGGCUGGGAAAGUGCACACGGCCCACACAGACACAUGCACCCACACAGACACAGAGGGAAGGGGUGGGAUGGGGUGCACAGGAGGGCCAGUAGGAUCCCCUCCCCCCCCAGCAGCCCCUCCCCAAACAGUCCCUCCUCCCUUUAUACCCUUUUUUCCCUCUUCCCUGUGAUAGGAAAAUAGCGUGUUUAUAUUUUAUGGCCAAACUAUUUUGAAUUUUGUUGUCUGGCCCUCCGUGCCCCCCUCUCCUUUGCCGGACCACAGCUCCUGCCCUCUGGCUUCUGGUCCUCCCCAGGCUCUGCCCUGGUUUCUUAAGUAGUUGGUUCUUAGUCUCCUGCCCCGCUCCAGCCCCAGCCCCGCGGCCCUGCCCCCUUCUCUCUGUGGCAGUUUCAUAUUUGCUAAGACGAAUUUGCUCAUUAAACAUUUUGUUGUAUUUUA